UUAUGUGGGAGGUGCUAUGUACGUUAGUGCUUCAGGUUCCUCCUCUGGGUGACGCUGCAGGAGUGACUGACAGAGGAUCUCGGGGCGGGGGGGGGGGUGUCGCUUCAGUGCUGUAGCGAAGGAGAGUCCAUCCAGGCCCUGAUAGCCUCCAGCCUGCUGCUGUGAGGAGAUGUCGGAGGUUCCCGGUCGGAGCCUCUUCUCGCGGUAAAAAGAUGCUCUCGCUUUCAGAGUAGUUUCCUCUUUAUUUCAAGAUGUCUCAGUGGAAAAACCAUGUACCUCUUCUGUCAGGUAUCGUCUCGUCUUGGAUUGUGUUCUUUAUUUUCAUGUCACAGCAUGUAUCGGCACAGGAUUCUUGUCCAAAGAUCACACAAUGGCUCUUGAAAGAUGGCUUUCACAGAGAUCUUCUGAGUAGGGUAAAACUUGGUGCAGUUGAUGAAGAUACAGGAAGCUGCAUGGUGGCAAUUAAAAUUCACCUUCCAAAGGGAUUAUAUGUGGAUCCCUAUGAACUGACAUCUUUAAAUAAACACAAUAUUACUGAGGCAUUGCUGUUUGGUGAUUAUGUAGAUUUGGAAGCUCCUGAGUAUUUAGCUACUGAAAUUGCUGUUCUCCUUUACAUGAAACCUGAUCCUGAAUGCCGUUACUGUUUUAGAGGGAUAUUGCCUCUGCACUGCCGGUAUCACCAGCCAGCAGAGGUUGAUGGAGAAGUCUCUGCCAUAUUGAAGAGUCCAGAAAUAUUGGUCCAUUGCCAGAAAGCCUUUCUAUCAGCGGAAUGUUUGAAAGAAAUCAAAAUAGAAGAACCAUGUUCCCGGAAGAAUAAACAUAACUGCAACUGGGACAGCGUGAAGUUCCAAGCUGUAAACCAGGAACUGAAAUUGCAAAUACCAGUUGGGCUCAAACAUCACGUUACUUUAGUAUGUACAGGGACUCUUGUUACCACUAUAUUGUGCUCCAGCCUUAUUCUUUCAGCUUUAGUCAAGCAUGGAGACUUCUUGUUUGUUCAGAGCUCAUUGUAAAAUGAAAUAAAACUUUAUUGAAUCAUCAUGGAAAGACUGUCAAACUGCCUAAGCGGACUGACCAAACAAGAUAUGGGGAGUGAAGAACAUACUUGUUAUUGGCACAGCAUCACUAUUUGGGAGCAGGCCCAGUGCCUUAUAUUGACUGUUAGUGUUACAUUUGCCUGACUCUACUGGUUUGAACGAGUUGUUUUUCUAGAAUUUUAUGCAAGCUUUUUAAGUAGCUUGAUCUCAUUAUCACACAACUAUAAAACUCUUCUGUACUUUGAUUCUGUCCCCUGGCUUGAACCAUCUGAUAAAUUGAGCUCUGACUCAUGAAUGCUUAUGCUGGAAUAAAUUCUGUUAAUUUCGUAGGUA